AUGGCAGACACUGAGAAAGCCAAACAGGUUCAUGCUCAACGAGUACAGCAGUUGGAGGUACGCAGGCAGCAAGCAUUGCAGCAGCACCAAGAGCUCCAAGCCAAGCGGUCAGAGGAGCAACGGCAACUACACUUGCUGCAGUCUCAACGAAUGGAGUUGGAGGCGGAGGUAGCUGCAGCACGGCGCGGUCAUGAAGUUGAAAUGGGUGAGCUCCGGGCAAUUUCAAAGGCUGUCUUGGACAAGGCCGAGUCAUACAAUCUAUCUUUGGAAAACUUGAUCCAGGAGCAUGGUCACAACAACGCCAAGGUGUGA